AUGACGUUCAUUGAUCUUGAUGCUUCAGAAGAAAAUCAUUACCACCUAUCAUAUAUUCCAAGUACUAAGUCACAACUAGAACAAGAGUUUGGUAAUAAGAAGGAUAUGAUUACUGUGUAUAUUUCACGAGAUAAAGAAAAAACUCAAGUUCAAAUAUCCAAAAAUGCAACGAUAUUAGAAUUAAAAGAAAAGUAUUUAAAAAGUGCAGCUCCAGCACUAACACUUAGAUUUAUGGGAAUGUUAUUAAAUAAUGACAAAACACUACCAGAUUAUACUAUUGGAGAUCAGGACUGUCUUGACGCUACUCUUGAUAGAUCUUCAAUUGACUCUUCACAAUACAUCAAAUUGAAAUUAAGAUUUGAAAAUGAAAUGCACUUAUUUAAAAUUAGCCCUAUUGAUAAAUUAGAAAAAUUAUUUGAAAAAUACGCUACUAAAAUUAAUAAACCACUCGACCGUCUUAAAUUUAUCUUUGAUGGAUAUAUUCUUUCACCAAAUGACUCUUGUCAAAGCUUAGAAUUAGAAAAUAACUUUAUUAUUGACGUCCAAGAAAUUCAUUAA